UUUCGUGCCGGUCGGAUAGGGCGGGGGUUCGCCGAGCUGUGUUCUCGAGCCGGGUUGCGAUCCGGAGAGACCGGCCGGUUGUUGGGACUCGGGGCUGACUCACCGCCGAGCCCUGGUGUUUGCCGCCGCGGGAGUCCGUCUUCCCCGCUCCGGGUUGGGAGCAGCGACACGGGGUAGCCGUGCCCCAACAGCUCUCGCCUGUCCGCGCAAAGCCUCCCCGUGAGGAGCCCGGUGCCAGCGCCCCUCCACAGCCUGAAAACCAGGUGCUGGGGCGGGAAGAAGCAAAGAUGCUGAGCUUUUUCCGCCGAACCCUUGGACGGCGGUCUAUGCGCAAGCAUGCGGAGAAGGAACGGCUGAGAGAGGCCCAGAGAGCUGCAACCCAUAUCCCUGCAGCUGGGGAUGCAAAAUCCAUCAUUACUUGCCGAGUAGCGCUGUUGGAUGGGACGGAUGUCAGCGUGGAUUUACCGAAAAAAGCCAAAGGCCAGCUCCUGUUUGAACAAAUCAUGUACCAUCUGGACCUUAUAGAAAGUGACUAUUUUGGAUUAAGAUUCAUGGAUUCUGCACAAGUGGCGCACUGGUUGGACAAUACAAAAAGCAUUAAAAAGCAAGUAAAAAUUGGCCCACCGUAUUGUCUACAUUUUCGUGUGAAGUUUUACUCAUCAGAGCCCAACAAUCUACGUGAAGAGCUAACAAGGUAUUUAUUUGUUCUGCAGCUGAAACUGGAUAUUCUUAGUGGAAAAUUGGAAUGUCCUUUUGACACAGCCGUCCAGCUGGCAGCUUAUAACAUGCAAGCUGAACUUGGAGACUAUGAUCCUGCUGAACAUGUGCCUGAACUUGUGUCUGAGUUCAGGUUUGUUCCCACCCAGACUGAAGAGAUGGAACUAGCCAUUUUUGAGAAGUGGAAGGAAUGCAGGGGUCAAACACCAGCACAGGCUGAAACUAACUACUUAAACAAAGCUAAGUGGCUGGAAAUGUAUGGUGUAGACAUGCACAUAGUCAAGGCAAGAGAUGGCAAUGAUUACAGCCUGGGACUAACACCUACAGGAGUUCUUGUCUUUGAAGGAGACACAAAGAUUGGUUUGUUUUUCUGGCCAAAGAUAACAAGGCUUGAUUUCAAGAAGAACAAACUCACUCUAGUAGUUGUUGAAGAUGAUGAACAGGGAAAGGAGCAGGAGCACACUUUUGUCUUUAGACUGGAUCAUCCCAAAGCCUGCAAACACUUGUGGAAAUGUGCAGUGGAACACCAUGCGUUCUUCCGGCUCCGAGGUCCUGUCCAAAAAAGCUCAAGUCGAUCAGGCUUCAUUCGGUUAGGAUCCCGGUUCAGAUACAGUGGGAAAACAGAGUAUCAAACAACCAAGACCAAUAAAGCCAGGAGAUCAGCAUCCUUUGAAAGAAGGCCCAGCAAGAGAUACUCAAGACGAACACUGCAAAUGAAAGCACAUGCUGCUAAACUGGAAGAAACAAGUACUGUAAACAAUGCAGUUAUACACCAAACUAAUGGAUCACAAAGCUGGAACGCAAAACCAAACCUACCUGUCCUAACAGUGGUUCCUUCUGCCCCAGUCUUAGUGGAAAUAGAAAACCUCUCAAGAAGCCCAGGAGCCAGCCAGCAAGACAAGAAGUGGCCCUUUGACGCUGCCGACCGCUGUCAUCGUGGUGGAAGCCCGUGGGACGCGUGGGCCCUGCCGAGGACCCGCGCUGCGGAGGGACAGUACACCACUUUUGUCCAUGAGCACAAUGUGAAGAAUGCAGGAAUGCAUAGCGGUGCUGGGACGUAUGCUGUCCAAACCACUAUGACCAAUGGUAGGACAAACAUACCUUUUGUUGAUUUGCUAGACAGCACGGAGUUGCCAGAAACUUGUGUUGAUGAUGCAGUAGGUCAUCCAGUUGUUGGCUUGGCAACAGGAGAUUCAGAAGAGGCUGUUAGUUGCUCCCAUCCUGGCACAAAGGACACUGCUACUGAAAAAGCAGACUCUGAUCCAUUUGAAGACACAUUCCUAAAGCUGAAACAGCUGGAGACAGAGCACAGCAGCCCCGUGCUACCGGAGCGUCCCAAUGUGAACAUAAAUGUGCAGGAUGAAGUGGUGAAGUUGACAGAUAAAUGUCUUAACAAUGCAAUUGAGAGCCCAAUUGUAGCAGCAACAUGGCUUCCAGCAGAUAUCAAAAGUAAUAUCCUGAAGGCCCAGGCAGAAGCAGGGCACAAGGUCAUAAGAGAAGACAGCUUGACAAGUGUCAAGAAUUCCAAUGUUCAGGAUGCUGCUGCCAGUAGUGCACUGAAUGAGGACAAUGCUGCCUCUAACUAUGAGGACCUGCUGACUCCAGCUAAUCUGGCUCCACCUGAGGAGGCUGCUGUUUCAAAGAGCACUCCAGAUGACCAUGACGUUUCCUUAACAUCACUGACAGAGAAUCUAAUUGACUUUACAGAAGCCACACCUCGGGUGUCCUCCCAGCCCAUGAUAACACCGAGGUGGAUAGUGCCAACGGGACUUAUUCCCAAUGGGCCUUUGGGAAAUGAUGUUGCCUUAGCUAUGAAGGCAGUGAAAGGCAGCAUGGAGACCCUGUUGUCAUCAGCUGGAUUGCCACCACCCCAGCAGACAUCUGAAGACCUUGCAAGCCCAGUUUCUGAGGAUACUGCAAUAAGAACAAAGUGUUUACUUACCACAGAACUCUAGAAGGAGGAGUUUCUGCACCUUCCCACCUUGUAAAAACUCAAAUCUUCUAACACAUCUCCAAGGUAUCCUUCAAGAAGACUUGCUUGAGUUCUUGCUGAACAGAAGUCAAACAGCCUGCUGGUUUGCUGGGAUCCAGGAAGAGACUUACACAUUUAUUGCAGUCUAACUGGAAUUACAGUCAAAAUCGGGAUGUAAAACCAAUUCACAUUUGAUCUCCCUGCGGAAAAGUGAAGUACCACACUGGAACUAGUUCUGAACAUGAGGAACAGAAUCUAGUUGUGUUCCACUCAGGCUAGGUUUAGUCUUACUUACCAUGUGCUGCCUCUCAGGUGUUAAUGCGAAGCGUUCACUGUGAUGUUAGUGGUGUAGUGUGUGAGCACAGUGUAGAAGUGUGAGUGCAUAUCCCUGAUCUCUCUAGAUUAACAAUGGAAAGAUUAGAAGGACUUGUAGGGCCACCUCGUGGCCAUGCUGUGUACACAGUAUGCUCACAGUACUGAUGAUUGCUUCAUACAGCCAAGGACAUUUUCUUCUGUGUGAUUAUACACUGUUUUUCCUUUGUUUUACCAACACAUACUCUCCUUUUUGGCCUUAAACCCCUUAAUAAUCUUUGCACCUCUUUUUGCAGUACCUGGAAAGGAUGAAAAUCUAGUCCAUCCAUGACCAACUGUGCUGACUGGAUUUGAGCUGCAAUUUGCAACCAGGAAAGUUAACCUGCCAAACAACUUUUAGCAUUAGCAGGUUACAGCAGAGGUCCCACAUUUUGACACUGAUUAUUUCAUUUCCUGUAUGACUCAAAUGCACAUAUUCUAGGCUAGAGGUAUGUCUGUUUUAAAUGCUGAAGCAGUGAAGGUAUGAGUACAGCUUACUUCAGGAACUGGUUAUUGGUUAGUUUUGUUGUCAUAUAGGACUAGGAAAGAAAAUAAUUUUCUUGUUUCUAUUAAUACUGUUUCUGGAUGUUUCCAGAUGCUGUGCUUUGGGAAUGCUUUUAUCAGGUAUGCUAGCAGUGUGCAGGUACAACUAGAUCAGUUCUUAACACCACCAUGAAUCCUGUUCCGAGUGUUAUCUAGUAGUUGUAUGUGGAACAAAGUAUAGAAGGAAUAAGGUGAAAACAGGAAAAAAAGAUUAAAAGCUCCUGUAAGCAGUUCAGUCUGUUGCAGAACAAAAGUAGGAGCACUUGCUUGGUGAAGGCCUUUUGGUGCUCAAAUGAAGUACGGGAUAAAACAUGUACAGAUUGAAGAGAUCAUUUUAAUCCUGGGUAGCAAGAUCUCCUCAUGGCUAUGGAGAGGUAAGCAUGUGAGCUCUGGGGAUACAGCCUGUCAAAAAAGUCAAUGCAGAAUCAGAGGGAGGAGAAAUACAGAAGUGCAAUGGUAAAAGUCCACAUCUGCUAACAGGGGAGAACAUAGGUGAAACUGGGAUCUUUCUUAGGAAUAGGUUUGUACAUAGCACUGAGGCUAAAGGUUAUUUUCUGCACAGUGCUGCUGUUUAUAAAUACUUAUAUACAUGUAGUUUUUUAAAACAAUUUUAAAUGUUGGUUGUGGAACCUGUAUGCACAGCUUCACCUCUGCACACUGGUUACAUGCAUGUGUCUCAGCAUAGACACAGAUGUGGACCAAAUCACUGUGGGCUGUGCAGGUCAGCUGGUGCCUGGCUGGGCUGCUUCUUUCAGACUGGGGUGUUCUUACUGCUGCUCUUGUGCUCUUGUUUGCAAAAUGUUGAAUGAGAGUAUUAAGGAAGAAGCCACAUGCUAUUUAUGUGGCCCACUGCCACUCCUCAAAACCCCUGAGGCCUUAAUAGAGAAACACAGAUACUGUGGGAGCUCUUGGGAGUACCAUGCCAGAGUGAUUCUCUGCAAACUAUUAUUUGCAGCCGUUGCUUCAAGAACUGGGAUUCAAGACUGGGGGUAGGCUCUUCAGCCCCUCUCCAGCCAGCACGUAAAGCUCUGCAUGGGUGGGCUGCCUGCUCCCUGCACCACCAGCCAGAGCAGAGCUCCUGUUCUCAAUGGAGUUCUUGUGCACCCACCACUCAGCUCUGCCGGCAUUACUUCCAGCUGAGUAUUGGAUUCUUUUUAUAAUUUUAAGUCUGAGCCUUAUUGCACAUUAAAAUGUAGAAGUUUCCCAAUUCAAAUAUCAAAUGUCUUAGUCUGGAUUAAAAACACAAUUGCCAGCAAAAUUCCUGCAGGAAAAGGGAAGCUAUGGCUGCGACAGCAUGCUUCCUGCACAAAGCCAGGACUGUGUGGGGAAACUUGGCACAUGCUGUUGAUCUGUUUGCUCAGCAGCUGAGCUGGCGUUCGCCAGCUACAUGUGUUGGUUUUGUAAAUAGACAGAAUGCAGCAGCGUUUUCUUUAAGGCAUGUUUGAUAUUUGACUCUUCCCAUUGGGUUCAGGAGCUCUGUGAACUGUUUGUUAGCUUGAAUUGCUCCCAAAAGUAGAAUAGCAGAAGCUUACAGCUUCACAGCACUGCAUGCUGAACACCAUCCUUGGACUCCCCCUGAGCAGCCCCAUACAGCAGAGAACAAGUAAAUAACAUGUAUGGUGAGUGUGUCCCCCUAAAAUGUAAAUGUUUCCAAGCAGUGAGAUGGUGAGAUGAUGUUGAUUGGAGGGGAAUUUAUUUACACACGUAUGCACACACAUAGAAACUUCAAAAGGUGGAGGUUUUCCUAAAUUUUCAGAGGACUGGUACUUGAAACUUUAUUUAAAAAUUCAAAAUUUUCAGCUGUUAAAUUGGGGACUUGCCAUUUCUAGUAGAUUUGGGGGUGCAAACACAGUUCUUUCCAGUGAUAUCUGAUAGGUGUAAGAAAUAUUCUGUUUAACUCAGUAUAGUUUAUUUCACUAGUCCAAAUCAUGGCUUACAUAGGGAGCCUGGUGAGACUGAGGCACCACAGCUGGGUGAUCUGAACACCCUGUGCUUUGGCAUCACUGUUUUGCUUUAAAACUACAGUGUUGUGUGCUGACUGGCCACCAGGUAGCGUAGUGUUGUAACUCUUGUCAGACACAAACAGGUAUAGUAGUUCCUACACUUAGUGCUAGUAAUUGUUAAUGAAUGCCUGUCUACUACUAAGGAAAAGGGAUUCUCUCUCACCAUUGCUCUGCUACUGAUGGAUUGGCUGUAAGGUCCAAUCAUGUAAAAUUUAUUUUUGGAAUGUGUUUAGAGAGGUUUCUAAAUAAAACUCAUGUGUGAAUCUGGUGUUGGAUGUUGGCAGGACUGCCAACCUCUUCAGAGCUGGAAGAGUUGACAGGAGUGAGUGAACGUGUGUUCUGUUGGGGGCAUUUGGGAAAAGCCAGUUUCCUGGUAGAAAAAAAAAAUCUUUUUUUUUUUCCCAACAAAGUUAUCCCCUGCUGACUUACUAACACAUGUCCCAGCCUGUCCCCAUUCACUGGCCUUGCACCCUUUUGCUGUGUGCACAUGAGGUACUCAUCACAGACAGAUGCUUUUUAUAACUCUAUGAUUAAAAUAGAAAUUAAAAACACAAGUGACUGGAUCCAAAGUAAUUGUAAUCCAGCCAUGCUCCAUAAGUGAUUGGAGUAAAAGGUUUUCUAGAAACCUUAACAUUUACAAUAACAGAAACACCCUUGUCCCUAUCUCAAACUGCUGCAUCUUGGGGAGGUGCUGAUCCUAGAACUGUGUUUCAGGCUCACCUGCUCAGUCCGACAGGCAGAGACCAGAGCAUCUGCACAUGCUGGCUGUGUGGUGAUGGUCUGAAGAGCUGGUGGAACAGGUAUUGAAGGAUGGGAGUUCAGGCCCUCUUACACUUGAAUUAAGGGAAUCUUCUUCAGCAGUAACAGGGCUUAAAAUUAGGUGAGUUGAAUGACAUAAAAUGACUACUUACCUGGUAAUUGGUCAUGGUUCAUGAAUUAGCUUGAAUGUAUUUGAUUUUAAACUUAAAUUCCAUGUACACUUUGUCAAAGGCAGCUGUGUAAAAGCUAUUUGUUGGACAAUUUUUUGGAUGCAACUUUGACAAGAAAAUUUGCAGCACCAUUAGAGGAGCUCAGGCAAACAGUCCAGUUACAUUUGGGUCUCUCCACAAACUGUUCUCAGCCCUUGCCUGUUAACCUGUUGUCUGCACCUUCCUCAUUCUCAUUUCUUGAAGCAAAGAUGUCCUGUUAAGGUCAGCGUGUCCUUCACCAACAGCAUUGGGUAUAUUUUUCACAUGGUGAACAUAUUCUGGUACAACCCAGAACUUCUCCAGGUUAAGUAUUAGCAGCUCUGUUGCACAGCCAGCUAGCAUUUGAAGCUCUAUGGGCACAGAGAGUGUUAAUCUAGAAGGUUGUAGUGUGUGUAUAGAUAGCUUUUAGACAUGGUAAUGUCACAGCUUUCAAAUGCAGCUGGACAAUCAUUACUUUUAUACCAAAAAAAAAACCCCAAAUCACGCUAGUGGCCUUUCAGUGGUGCAGGUGUAAUCCCCAUGUGUUUGGCUGAGUGUCAGCAUCAUGGACAUGUUGGCCUUUGCUGCCAGGCCCAACUGGAGACAGCGCAGGUGUGAUUUCAUUCAGGGUGCUCAGGAGGGAGACCCACAGGCUGCUGCAGCCAGGAUCCAUUGCUCAGCAUCGUGUGGGGUUGUGCACACAAGGAGUGGGUACUACCCCUGCGCUGAAGUCAGAGCCUAUGCAGCAGGGAGCUGUGAGAUUCUCCUACAAAGUUCACUCCUUGUUACUGUUUGGUUUGAGCACUCUGCUUCAUAAACACCCACCCCCAUAACUGGACAAGCUAUUUUUGAAGUAUGUAAGACUGUUUUUUUAGCUAGACUUUUUUUUGUUAAAACCACACUAACUGCUGUGUUUUUACCUUUUAUAUGUAAAGCUUGGCAAUAGCUCUCAAUGUAUAAUUUAUUUGUUCAGGUUUUUUUUUAUAAAACAAAGUGUACCCUCUUGCUUCUGUUUCACAAUGGUAGUGAUACAUGAACUACUUUAGGCACUGCACUAAGAUCUGUAUUGAAACUGUUCAUGGGAACAAGAAACUGUGAUCUGUAGUCCACUCUACCCAGUCUUUAAAUGUUUCUACUGUAGUUUUGUCUCAAAUAUACAACAUCAGUGCAAAAGUCUCACAGAGUCAUCUUUAAGCACCACUGUGUUAUGCUGCUAUGACAGUAAAGGACAGGUGGGUCAGCUGUGA